AUGCAUUUUUUUAAAGUUUUUUCGAACUUAACUUACUUUGUUUAUCUUUUAGAUUUAUUCUCCUUCUCUAUUAAUUUUGUUUUAUUUCCUACCUCUCCUUCUUUUUCACACCUCUCUUUCUUCCCUUCUUCACACCUCUCCUUCCGUUGCCUAGCCCUCCUUCUUCCUUGUUUCCUACCUCUCUUUCUUACCUUUUCUUUUACUUCUCCUUAUUUUUCCUACUCCUCUUUUUCCCUUUUUUCAUACCACUCUCUUUUCCCUUUUUACGUCUCUCCAUCUCUUCUCUUUCGUCGAACUUCUCUUUCUUUCAUCUUACUUAAACUCAAACUUUCCUUCAUUUCUGUUUUUGUUUGGUUAAUUUCCCAAUCUUUGAAUUAUUUUGUUUAUACUUCUUUGUCCAUUUUUCCAAUUUCUUUCUUUCUUUCUUUCUUUCUUUCUUUCUUUACAUUUCUUUCUUUCUUUCUUGUCUUUCUUUCUUCGUUCUUUCUUUCUAUCUUUCUUUCUUUCUUCACAUUUCUUUCUUUUCUUUCUUUCUUCGUUCUUUUUUCUUUCUGUCUUUCUUUUUCUUUCUUCUUUCUUUCUUUCUUUCUUUUCUUUCUUUCUUUCUUUUUUCUUUCUUCACAUUUCUUUUCUUUCUUUCUUUCUUUCUUUCUUCACAUUUUUUUUUUCUUUCUUUUUAUUCUUUCUUUCUUUCUUUCUUUCUUUUUUCUAUCUUUCUUUCUUUCUUUCUUUCUUUCUUUCUUCGUUCUUUCUUUCUUUCUUUCUUUCUUUACAUUUCUUUCUUUCUUUCUUUCUUCGUUCUUUCUUUCUAUCUUUCUUUCUUUCUUCACAUUUCUUUCUUUCUUUCUUUCUUCGUUCUUUCUUUCUUUCUGUCUUUCUUUCUUCGUUCUUUCUUUCUAUCUUUCUUUCUUUCUUUCUUUCUUUCUUCACAUUUCUUUCUUUCUUUCUUUCUUUCUUUCUUUCUUUCUUUCUUUCUUUCUUCACAUUUCUUUUUUCUUUCUUUUUAUUCUUUCUUUCUUUCUUUCUUUCUUUCUUUCUAUCUUUCUUUCUUUCUUUCUUUCUUUCUUCGUUCUUUUUUCUUUCUUUCUUUCUUUCUUUCUUUCUUUCUUUACAUUUCUUUCUUUCUUUCUUUCUUCGUUCUUUCUUUCUAUCUUUCUUCGUUCUUUCUUUCUAUCUUUCUUUCUUUCUUUCUUCACAUUUCUUUCUUUCUUUCUUUCUUUCUUUCUUCACAUUUCUUUUUUCUUUCUUUUUAUUCUUUCUUUCUUUCUUUCUUUCUUUCUUUCUAUCUUUCUUUCUUUCUUUCUUUCUUUCUUUCUUCGUUCUUUCUUUCUUUCUUUCUUUCUUUACAUUUCUUUCUUUCUUUCUUUCUUCGUUCUUUCUUUCUAUCUUUCUUUCUUUCUUCACAUUUCUUUCUUUCUUUCUUUCUUCGUUCUUUCUUUCUUUCUGUCUUUCUUUCUUCGUUCUUUCUUUCUAUCUUUCUUUCUUUCUUUCUUUCUUUCUUCACAUUUCUUUCUUUCUUUCUGUCUUUCUUUCUUUCUUUCUUCACAUUUCUUUUUUCUUUCUUUGUAUGGUUAUUCUUUCUUUCUUUCUUUCUUUCUUUCUUUCUUCACAUUUCUUUCUUUCUUUCUUUCUUUCUUUCUUUCUUCACAUUUCUUUUUUCUUUCUUUGUAUGGGUUUUCCUGUAAUAUUAUUACUUGCUUUAUCUGUCUUUCUUUGUUUGUUCGUUUGUUUGUUUGUUUCUUUCUUUCUUUCUUUAUUUGUAUCAUCCGUUGUAUGAGUUAUUCUUGUAAUAUUAUUACUUACCUUUCCUUCUUUCUUUCGUUCUCUCUUACCCUGAUUUCUCUCUUUCUUUUCUUUCUUUCUUUCUUUCUUUCUUUCUUUCUUUCUUUCUUUCCUUUUUGA